CGCUUUGUUUCAAACGGCAGGAUACACCACACAGGAAAAAUGAAAAACAGCUGCCUCUGCUGACGCGAGAAACCCGCCGUCUCUGCAGCUUAAAUAAAAUGACGCUCACAGCUCUCUUUGCUCUCUUCACAACCGUUUGUUUCGCAGGUCUGGUACCUGGAGAUGCAGCAUGGAGCACGUCUGUGUGUCAGAUACCCGAGAUUGCGACAAAAGAAGGAGCAGAUGUUACAAUCACCUGUCAUAUUAAAACUAAUUCAAGCGUGCAGAGAGUCAUGGUUAAGUGGUUGCGAGAUAAUCAAGCAGUGAGCAAAACUGUUUUGUCUGCUUUUCCAUCUCCUGUAAAUGGAUCUGUGUUUUUUAACGCAACGCUGCAGCUGCAGUCAGUGCGUCUACAUCACAGUGGCAUCUAUUACUGCACAGCUCAGUCGGAUAUACCUACACUUGGAUCUGUUGAAUAUGGAAAUGGGACGUAUUUAUAUGUGGAAGCAGUGAAAACACCAGAUCUCACACCUGGGACACUUCCACCAAUCGCAUAUAAUUCAGACACAGUAAGGUGGUCGGUGCUUUCAGGGUUGGCUUUUAUUUUGCUGGUCAUCUGCACUGCCUGCGUUAUUCACAUACGUUCUAAAGGACGCAGCAGAAUAGAACCUAGAGCGAAAGAAGCCCUGGUCGACGCUACCGGCGGAUCACAGUGCCCGGACACUCAUGUUGUUUAUGCAGCAUUAAAGAUUCCUCGAGACGGCGUGAAAUCAAGAAAUGAGAACUGUCCAGCUGUGACACUCACUUCAGUGAUCUGCACCGAGGAAUCAGUCACAUACUCUGAGGUCCACAUAAAGAAAGGACCAAAAGAUGAAGGUUAAGCAGUAUUUGACUGAAUUCUAUUCACACUGUAAUCUCUUUUACCUUGCUUAUGACUGUCAUCAACGGUCUUUUAUUGGCACUUCAAGCUUUUUGUCCUCUCCGGCCCAGUUCAGUAAAUGCAUUUCAGUAAAAGUGCAUUUUUCUUUGUUUCUUCAUGUAACGCUUGUGAAGAUAAAUGUUAAAUGCUGUGG